GUUUCAUACACGGUCAUUUUUAAAUCAAGACUCAGAGGAACCUGUUCUGUUGAAUGCUGACCAGGUCGUCGCAUUUUUAAGAGCGUGGCUUUUUCGUCAAGACGUGGAAGAAGGUAGUCACCGGUUCCACAAUGCCAAGGCACACCCCAUCGUUUCUGCUCCUUAUUAACACAAUGGCCAGACUGAUUUACACGUCAAGCAGCCAGACGGUCAUCACUGAGUACGCUAUGCGCCAGAACAGCUUCAGCGACAGGCUGCUGUCCCGGUUCCUCAUCUCAAGCUCCACUCAAGGAAGCAAAGUGAUGUGCCUACUGCAUUGUUUCCGGGAUGAGCGCUGCGUCAGCUUCACCUUCAAGAAGGCGAACAGCGGAUGUCGUCUCCACGGGGUAUGUUUCUCCAAGCCCAGUGAUGCGCCAUUAUCGCCUGGAACAGAACUGUUCUACCUUUCCAGGGCCAUUGGAUACAUCGGUUACCCAUGUGGUUCCAACACUGACUGUAAAACACCCACUAGUACCUGCAACGCUGGUGUCUGUGACUGCGAGAUUGGCUACAGCUUCUCUGUCAACGACAGGGGCUGCGUCCGACAUUGUUCAAGCUACGGCACCGACUUCACCGCCUACAUCGAGCGUGGUCUGCGGGACACCAACACCUUCCGCGACUGGGGCUACAGCGAGGAGGCGUGUCUGGGUUUGUGUACGUCCGAGUCAGGGUAUCUGUGUCUCACCGUGGAGCGGUACCCCGCUGACGGCUUCUGCACCCUCACGCACGCCACGUGGUUCGACGUCGCCGCCACCGACCGCGACACUGCGGCGUACGGAUACGUGAUGUAUCACAGAAACUGUGCCCUCUGAAGGCUGGAGACAGGUGUCGUACAAAACAAACCUAACGCUACGGCUGUCGUAAGUCUAUGUCGAGGUAUGGGAGUUAUGGGAGUAGAUCGCCUUCGCGCUGAGAUCGCUAUGUACAAUGGCACCUAGUACAGAGUGUCCAGGGUCCACUUGCACAAAGCGAUCUUAGCGCUAAGAUGAUCGUAACUCCCAUUCUUUAACAUAGACUUACGAUAGUCUUAGCGCUAAGAUCGCUUUGUGCAAGUGGGUCAGAGGUAUUCUGUAUGUUGCAGUGCAGUACACUGGAUGUCAUGAAGAAGUGUUUAAAAUUAGAACGCAGUUGUCAAUGUUGAAAUUUAUUUUUCGUCCUAUUUUCUUAUGAACUCGCGUGGUCCUGCAUUAUAUGUGAACGCUUUACUUUUAACAGUUGUGUACACUGAUUAACA